AUGGACGAUGAAAUGGGACACUCUCCGGCCCACAAUCUUACCAUUGCUACCCGCCCGAUGAUUGAUAUUAUCCUCUCCACCUUUCCCGACAUCCUGGAGCUGGCCACCUGCCCGAACUCCGCCACACCGCCGGAGCGGAGCAAAUCGCACUUUGCGCGGCUCUGGACCACAUAUUCGAAGACCGAAACGCACAAGAUUCAAAAAGAUUUGGCCUCAGGGGAGCAGACGCGACAAGUCGUGGAGACGCUCGAUCAGCAUUCCGGAAUCCUUGAUGAGAUGAAAGCCACCAGGUCCGCCAUCGCCGAAGAGCGAACCGCCCGCGGUCGUGUCAUUGAUCUCCGCGCUCGGGUUGAGCAUCUCGAGCCCGAACUGUCCGCCGCGAGUAGCGCGCUUACAGUACGGGAGAUGGAGUUGACCUUGGAGCGAGGGAAGAUGGUGACUGUGGAGCGCGACCUCGCUGCGUUAAAGACCAAAAGCAACGAGCUGACGUUGGAAUUGGACACAACAUCCGCGAGUCUCGUCAAGGAGAGAUCGAAGGUUGUUGGACUGGACGGCGAUCUCACGUCGCUUGGGGAAACCAUGCGGGUGGAUUUGGACGAUACCAAUGCCAACCUGACGUCCGAGCGGGGGCGCGUGGGCGAUCUUCAGGGGAGCGUGGCCGAGCUUCAACAGGUGCUAAAGAGAGCUGAAGACGACGGGUGGAUUCAGCCAACGGCGGCAAAAGACGAGCUCUCCACAGCAAAAGAGCAUGUUGCAAUGGAGCAGCUGGGAGGACAGCUGGAUGCAACGCUGAAUGAGAUGCCGGUGCAUAAGUGCAGCGCCGAGGUGGUUGUUAUAGGUCAGAAACUGCCUCGAAAUUGGUAG